UUUAAAUCUAAGUUGCCACACUUUCCAGUACUGAUUUCAGGGCCGUUGGGAUUUAUCUUAUGUGGACCAGGAGGACAGUUGGGAGGCCCGAGUGCAUGUGAUUCCAUGAAGCUGAACGGGUUACAAAACAUCCUCCUAUGCUUGAGACCUUCACACUACCCGUCCUACAGGAACUAAUCAAUGGUUUUUCAUCUCCUGGAGCUACAUUAGAAACAAAAAUAUGGUGCCAAAAGAACUCCUUAUCUUUCUCUGACUGCAGUUUGUUGGACAUGCUUUUGUACUGAAGAGAGGUGCACACACUGGCUGCUGGUACGGAGACUGCCGUGGAGGAUCAUGGACCAUCCUAGUAGGGAAAAGGAUGAAAGGCAACGGACAGCCAAAUCCAUGGCACAGAGGAGUGCACAUUGCUCCCGACCGCCUGGCUCCUCCACGUCCUCUGGGGUUCUUAUGGUGGGACCCAACUUCAGGGUUGGCAAGAAAAUUGGGUGCGGGAACUUCGGAGAGCUUAGAUUAGGUAAAAAUCUCUACACCAAUGAAUAUGUAGCAAUCAAACUGGAACCAAUAAAAUCCCGAGCUCCACAGCUUCAUGUAGAGUACAAGUAUUAUAAACAACUCGGCAGCGCAGCUGAAGGUCUCCCCCAGGUGUACUACUUUGGACCGUGUGGAAAGUACAGUGCCAUGGUGCUGGAGCUGCUGGGCCCUAGCUUGGAGGACUUGUUUGACCUCUGUGAUCGAACGUUUACUUUGAAGACGGUGUUAAUGAUAGCCAUCCAGUUGCUGUCUCGAAUGGAAUAUGUGCACUCAAAGAAUCUCAUUUACCGAGAUGUCAAGCCAGAAAACUUCCUGAUUGGCCGACAAGGCAAUAAGAAAGAACAUGUAAUACACAUAAUAGACUUUGGACUGGCCAAGGAAUACAUUGAUGCUGAAACCAAAAAACACAUAGCGUAUAAGGAGAACAAAAGUUUAACUGGAACUGCAAGAUACAUGUCUAUCAACACGCAUCUUGGCAGAGAGCAAAGCCGGCGAGAUGAUUUGGAAGCCCUGGGCCAUAUGUUCCUGUAUUUCCUUCGAGGCAGCCUACCUUGGCAAGGACUCAAGGCGGAUACAUUGAAAGAGAGAUAUCAAAAAAUUGGGGACACCAAAAGGAAUACUCCCAUCGAAACUCUCUGUGAGAACUUUCCAGAGGAGAUGGCAACCUACCUUCGAUAUGUCAGACGGUUAGAUUUCUUUGAGAAACCAGAUUAUGAGUACUUACGGACGCUCUUCACAGACCUCUUUAAAAAGAAAGGCUACACCUUUGACUAUGCCUACGACUGGGUUGGGAGGCCCAUUCUGAGCAUUCCGAUGUUAACAGUUCAGGCACAGGGCAUGGGGCAAGAGGCACUACAUAGAUUCUGUGGAAUAGGAGUCAUCUCUGAGCAAGUUUGUUAUUGCUUGCUGUUGCUUCACCUUUCCUUCCAUGUCUUGCUCUCAUGCUUCCUAAUACCUGAGCAGACUGCAUCGUCAGAGCGCCGAGGAGAGUGGCAAAUCCAACCCAGCCGGCAGACCAGUACCUCAUACCUGACGUCUCACUUGGCCGCAGACCGCCAUGGGGGUUCAGUGCAGGUGGUUAGCUCAACCAAUGGAGAGCUGAAUGCCGAUGACCCGACGGGAGCCCGCUCCAGUGCAGCAAUUGCUGCUCAUGCUGAGGUGGAGGUAGUGGAGGAAGCUAAGUGCUGCUGUUUCUUUAAAAGGAAAAGGAAGAAGAAUGCUCAGCGCCACAAGUGACCAGUGCCUCCCUGGAGUCCUCAGGGCCUGGGGACUCUGACUCCAUUGCACCUGCAGCUCCUGCCAUUUCUCAUUGGAAGGAACUCCUCUGUGAGGGAGGGUGGAGAUCCAAACCAAAAAGAAGAAAACAGAUGCCCCAGAAGGAGCCAGGGCAUGCAGCCAGGCCCCGUUGUCGGGGGCUGCCCCUCCUGCCUGAGCUCUGGGCAGGCCCCAGAGCUGCUGCUCCUGCACUGCUUGCCGGGGCUGCCUGCUAGACCUCCUUCCCAUUGUUUACAGUGAAGGUGUCUUUCACAAAGACUCAAGGACUACUGCUCUUCCUCCCUGCCUGUGCUCCUGGUUCUGAUCCCCCCAGCCCUCAGCCACAUAAAAGCUAGUGAGCUAAAGGCUUUGUGUGUGGAGGGGCCCGGGUGGGUAUGGCCGAGAAGGUAGGAGGACAGUGGCGGCAGGCCCAGGCCAGGCCUGGAGAACCUCCCUUCUCCGCCGCCUCGCCGCCUCGUGUGUCUGCAGCAUGGCUUCCUAUGCUCCGUGCCUGAGCAGCCUGGCGCCCAGAUGGCUGCAGCGUUCAGGUUCCUUCCUCCCUCUCUCCUGUGAAUUUACACUGUAGGACACAAGCUGUGAGAUGUCUGCAGUCUACUGUCCCCGCGUGGUGGCAUUUGUAGCUUGCUUGAUGAGCGAGUUCCUUUCUCCAGGCGGUAGCAGGACUUGCGAAUUGUUCUGAGCAAAGGAAAGAAAACUGACUUUAUUGCACUUUUAGUUGUUGUUUUUUCGGUUUUUUUUUAAACAAGGCAGAUGCAUAAUAUGUCUAGUUAUAUUGGGGAUUUUACUUUUUCUGUUCUGAGGGGAUGGGCCAGCCAAGCCAUUCAGAUUCAGAGAGAACAUGGGUCCAGAGGACGUUGUCCACGGAAAGAGUUUGAUCUGCAGCACCCAGAAGAGAAGAAGCCAAACUCUGUCAUUCUGAGUGAACACUCAGGUUGGCAAGAAACAUACUUGAAAUUUCAUUCGUCUUCUUAGCUGCUGAAGAACAUCUCUCCCACAGCCUCCUGACCCGACCCGCCUGCAGUUCGCAAGCCUAGCUUCAGCACAUGGAGUGAACGGUGAGCCAGACUGUGACCAAAAGACUGCUCACCCACAGAGGGAGAUUCUUGUCAGGAAGUGAAUCCAAAAUGUCUUUUUUCCUCACUGCCAGGGAUGACCUAGUAGAUAAGUCAUGUGACUUUCUGGUGACUUUGGGGAUGAAUUAGUGGCUGAACGGCCACCACAAUAUUGCCAAUAGUGGACUAAAAGCAGAUAGUAAACCUGCCUUUCAGCUACCAGAGAAGCUUCAGGGUGUGGCAUACUAGGGCCAGGAAAAGAAAGUCAUUGUGUCCCAUCUGUCCUAAGAGCUGAGCUGUAACGUGUGGGCUGGCUUGCCUUACCUGAAACCAGGCCCACAGCAUCCGGACCUAGGGCUACGUGAGUGGAGGUGUAGCAGUUUGGUGCUGGGCAACUCCAGGGCACAGGAGACUUAGCUGAAAGGUCUGCAUUACCUCUUUAAUCAGACAUAACUUGCAGCUAGGAUGGCUACGCAUCUGAGCGUGUUCUCCCCAGUAUAGCCAACACUCCCACCAAGGUAGCUUCACGGGAUGUAUGACUGUUCAGUGUUUGAAGUUCGUCAUGUCUGGAGUUAAUCUCCUGCUCCAUUUUCACUUCAGGGUCCUUUCCCGACAGUAGUUUCUCAUCCUGACGUGACAGACGAGAAAGGCUCAUUGACAUCCAGGGAAGAUAUCUGAUACCUCUGAACAGAGAGCUAACGGUGCAGGGCAUCACUAGUGCAGUCUGGUGGUUGGCGGAGCCUAGCAGUGCCUGUCCCUGGCUGGAGGCAUAGGGCCGGCUAUUGGACCAGAGGAGGUGGGUUUACAUUUUGGUUGCUGGCACUUCCUCACAAGUCUGUGAUGCUCCUUUGUGAGUCAGAAAUGCCAGAUGUGUUCACCUGUUUUAUGGAACCCAAGCUUGGGAAAAUCACUUCCCUGGCUUCAAACCCAUUUAGCUUAUAUAAAGGCUGCAACUUGCCAUUUCUUUAAAAGAAGUGUUUAGCAUACGAAACAGUGGCAGAGAGAGGCAGCGUCAUGCCUCUCUCACGAGGACUUUGCCGGCUGGGGUCUGCUUGCCUGCUGAUUCCUAAUGGAUAACGCCCAUUACCGAAAUUAGUCUCAUUUGGCAUUUGGGCAGCUCUAACUUCCUAUAAAGAAAUUGUGAUGUCCUCAUCCCUGCAUAGAAAACGCCUUGCCUUUCAAGGGAGGGCAGGGGACAUGGUGGCAAAGCCUGGAGCAUCUGGACUCGCUGUACCCCACUAAGUGCCUCCCCACCCUGCUUUCACAAAAAAGCAAAGGCAGUGACCAGCUUGGCUGCAGGGCAGACUGUCUUGCAGCUGGGCUUGUGACUUUUUUUGUCUUAAAAUUUUUAUAGGCUAGCUCUUGAGGGGUUGCACCUGAGCAGUUGGGGGUGGCUUCCCGAUGCACUGUUCUCCUCCUCCAGACCCACCCCAUCUUUUAUUAGGUAUAUGGUCUUCAUAGCAGAGAUGACUAGCCCCAGGUCCCUGUAGCAUGUAGGGUAGUGGUGAGCCUUCCGAGGCCCUUUGCACUCCAAGAUGGUCCCAGAGCUGAGAGAUUGUAUUGCAGUCUCACACAGAGUGAAUGCACCUGCCCCCCAGGAAAAAAAAACAAAAAACUGAACACCCAACAAUCAGUUCCAGCCCUGUUGCAGGGCUGUGUGCCCCAGCCAGACCCUGGGGGCAGCCACUCCCUCCAACCUCUACCCAUAAGUCUACUUUGUAGUUUUUCAGCGUGCUCCAUUUCAUAGCCAUGAUGUCUGAGGAUCAUUUUCUUUUUUGAAUCAGUGCAAAUUCAAAGUACGUUCUCAACGUCCUUGGGUUUUUAAAGCCCUAAGACUUGAGGCAUUCUCUAAAGUACUGCCGUCCAUCAGAGGAAGCACCCUGACUGGACUUAGGCAAGCAAAGCACGAUGCCACCAAGGCAUGCAGCAUCUUUUGUGACCAGACCAGGAUGUGGGCCUGCGCUGUCUUCCUCCUCAAGGAUGGGUCAGGUGGCUCCACAAAGAUGGAGGAAUAUCCUAGCGGCCAGUGUGUGCUCAUGACUGCCUUAAUUAACAUUGGUUUUGGGUUCUGUGUUGGAAAGAACAAGGUUUAGGAAAGUAUGAGUCAGGUGACCAGUGAAAUUCCAUUUGCUUUAGAAUGCAUGUGGUUUAGAAGACUGGUUGAGGUAGCCAUUAGAAAAACUGGUGAUUUCCUAUUUAUUUUCAGUUCAUUCCAAGUACAUGGAAAUGGUCCCCACAUUUUUCCAGACAGCUUCCUUCACUUACAAAAGUAACUUCCAACAAGGCAGUGAAAAUGCUUAUUCAGUAUUAGUAACUACUUUGAAUGUCAGAAAUAUGCACCAAGGUUAAAGUUAUGUUAGAGUGGUUACUAAUGGUCAUAGCCUUAACUGAUUUUUUGUUAUUUUUGGUAACAUAAAAGAUAGCCCUUCCACCUCCUAGUGAAUAAGCAUGGCCUGCAUUUCUCAAAAGUAAGAAUUUCCAUGGCAGCCUAGACAGCAUCUCUCUAAAAGAACUGGUCUUUCUGGUGCGUCUCUCUGAAGCCCCCGUGCUUCCUGGGCCCCAGCCUCCUCCCCCAUGUGCAUAUUAAGCCAGUUGUCCAUUCCCAUCCAGUUGCCAACAGUGUUGUCUCAUGUCAGAGCCAUGCUGGGGCUGGCGUUUCUCAAGUUGGGAGUUUGUGGGGCCAUUCAGCCAACAUUGCCUUUGCCAGGCCACUGCCACCAGCCUACCACUGCCUCAUAGUGGGUGGAUGAAUUCCAGAGACCCUCAGGGAGCCAGGAUAACCAGGUAGCCCAUCUGGAUUGGCCAUGUUGGUGACAGGCCCUAACCCUGGGGUUCUUGCUUUGUAGACUCCAGGGAAGCCCCACCUGAAGUUGGUGUUCAGUAACUCCCAGGAUUUCCUGCGAUGAGUUGGAGUCAAGUUGGGUGUCCUUUUGGUUUGGGGGUUUGUUGGUGCUUAGUUUUGUUUCUGUAUAAGAAAAAGAAGAGGCAAAUGUUUCCCUUCUGAGUCUAUAGAAUUUUGAGCCGUGUUUAGCCACAGGUCUUCGAAGUGUGAUCCAGUAAGCAGUCUUAAAAUUUUCUUCCUAACUCCUUUGCACGCUGAGAAUAGGUUUCUCAGCGUAGUCACAGUAGUCCAUAGGUCCCUGAGUAUGGACAGUAGUGCAGUAGUUGACACAUUUUUCUCAGAAUGAACCAGAAAACCCACUCCAGUAUUUGUAGAUUUCCUGCAAAGGAAAAAGUGGGCUGUACUCCACAUAUUUCUGCUUUGAUUACCAAACUUGAUUUUAUAAAGAAACCUCAAUUGGGUGGAUAGAAUUUCUUGUCUUUUAUGUAAAGUAACUUUUCCAGUGCCAUCACCCCUUGAAGGUCUCAGAGCAGAUGAUUAUCCACAGUAGUAUGUAGGGGUGCUGUGCAGUCAUCUGGGGGCGAUAGGCCCACGAGGACUGCUGUCAGAACUGCCUCCAACUCCCUCUUUCAGGGUAGCUGCAACACUCAGUGCUCCUCUUCAUGAGCUCCAGGCCAGCCCUGCACCAAAAGCCUUUUUAAGGCUUAUUAUCUGUCAGGAAUGUCUCAGGAAAGAUGAGCCAUUUCUUGGUGGGGAGGGGGGGAAAUGCAUUUACAGAUGGGGGUGUGUGUGUGCGUGUGUGUGCGUGUGUGUACGUGUGUGUGCUCUUCUCUGUACAUUUCACUUUGAUAAAACAACGCAAGGCUGCGGGGAACCAAGAAUCCCUGAGUUUUACUUGUCACAGUGACAGGUGAGCUUCUCCAGUCGCGUCUUAGCAAGCUGGCUCUUGGAAUGAACCCCAUUCAUGAAGGAGGGAAGAAUAACAACAGGAGAGAAAGAGGUGAAACCAAAAAUACUGUAAGUCCCCCCAAUGGAAAGUAAUGUUGACUCAGCAAUUCCCAUUGGUGAUAUUACAUCCUCUAAUUUAUUAUAUUCUUUGUUUCUUUAAUCUUUGCCCAUUGUACUCUUAAGAUGUUGGGAUGUUGAUUGCGAUUUUUUUUUAACUAUAUAAUGUAUAAAUCAGUUGUGGAAAUCAGUUUUAAUUGAUGUGUGGAUGUGUCUUAUUAUUAAAUGCCUUUUUUUAAAGAUAUGUUUCAUAGACCCUGGCACUGGUCGCAAAGCUUAGCUGUGAAAAUGAAACUUCUAGUAUUUUUAAACAUGAAUGUCUAUUUCAAGUGUAUUUGAAGUGGUUCCUCCAGGCGAGAUUACUACACCAUAGGGGAAGGCACCAAGGAAGCAGCCAUCCCUGGACGAAAUGGAAAAUGGGUCCUGACGGUGUUUCAGCAUAGCCCGUUUCCUCGGGCACCUUGGGAAACGCAAAUGUGACCUCAAGUAUACCUUGUCCCCAGUUGCUGGAGGAACAGGACUCAGUUUGCACCCUUUUUGUAUGUAAAAUAAAAUGUCUUACCCUUCUUGGCUACUUUCA